GCCUCCGGGCUCGUCCCGCCGCGCAGAGGGCGGCUAUGACAGUGAAUGACCGUCCUUCCCAAAAUACCGGCCUCGGCCCAGGUGACAGCUCCUAGGCGGGAAAAUCCACUCCAAGAAAGUCUCUAUUCUGCAAGGCAAGGGUUCCAUUCUAUCCAGGAGCCCAGCCAGGAAAACUUUUGUGGCCUGUCACCUAGCUUUUACCAGCCACCCAUCCAAAGCCAGUUAUCACCAACUAAAACCCAGGACAGCCGUGAAACCUCUCCUAUGAGUGUCCCUAAUCUCCCAUCCGUUUCCUCUAUGUGCCAACCAACCAUGUUUAACUACGAACGUCCAAAACACUUUAUCCAGUCUAAGAACGUGUGCCAAGGGCAACAGCAGCCUCCAGGACCCGCAGCAGCCUCCACAGAGCCGAGCAGAGAAAUCAAACAGUCCUCCAUCCUCAUCCAGCCUCGUAACCCCAGCGGGCAGAAAUUCUCCUCCUCGUCAUCGCUGAGCUCUUCAAUCACGCUCUCCUCGCCUUCCUGUAGUGCCCCUAAGGAAUCCACCUAUCCCAUCACUCCUGCAUCUGCACAGUCUCCUGCUAGCUCAUCAUCUGGCCAGAGGCUGCUGCCCAUGCCUAACCAAUCCCCCGCAGCCUUCCUGUGCUCCGUGCUCCCCUCGCAGCCCGGCUAUAGCAGCCCAGCUCCUUCUCCCGUGGAACCUCCUUACUCACAGCCCAUGUAUAACAAACAAGCCAGCAUCAACUCUAUGCAGAAGACAUCAGACCAAGAAAUUCGAGGAACAAAGGAGGCCCUCAUCCAGGACCUGGAGAAGAAACUGAGAUGCAAGGACAGCCUCCUGCAGAAUGGCAACCAGAGACUGACCUAUGAGGAGAGGAUGGCUCGCAGGCUGCUCGGACCAGUGAAUGCUGCCUCAGUGCUGGACUCACAGAGUGAAGACAGCGUGCAGAAUGCACAGCACCAGAACGCAGAAAACGUCAGGCUGCAGGUUCCUACAACACAUGUCAGGAGCAGACCAUCCUCUAGAGGCGACGAUCGUGGACAUGACUCGAUCCAGGAGAAGUUUUUCCAGCCACGUUUCACACAAGUGCCUGAAGAUGUGGUGAUCGAGGAGGGGCGGUUCUGCAGGCUGGACUUCAAAGUCAGUGGGCUCCCCACUCCAGAUGUGAUGUGGUACCAGAAUGGAAGGAUGGUUCACCAGGAUCAGUUCCACAAAAUGAUAGUGUCAGAAAAGGGGUUCCACUCGUUCAUUUUUGAAGCAGUCAAAUCAGCUGAUGCAGGGACAUACGAAUGUGUGGCUGUCAACCGUGCAGGAGAAGCAUCUUUCACAGUAAAAGUGGAAGUAAUUGCUAAAGAGCAUCACAUGCCUCCAACUUUCAUUUUCAAGCCCCAAAGCAAAAAGGUUUUUGAGGGAGACACAGCCAGGCUGGAAUGCCAGAUCUCUGCCAUCCCAACCCCUCGGAUUUACUGGAAAAGAAACAACGAAAUGGUACAAUAUAAUACAGACCGAAUAAGCUUGCUCCAUGACAAUACUGGAAGGAUUUGCCUGCUGAUCCACAAUGCCACCAAGAAGGAUGCUGGCUGGUACACCGUGUCUGCUGUCAAUGGGGCAGGGGUGGCCACGUGCCACGCCAGACUAGAGGUUGCAACACAUACAAAUAAGCCACUUCCAGCCCCAAAGCAGUUACGGGUUAGACCAACCUUCAGCAAGUACUUGGCACUCAAUGGAAGAGGACUGGAUGUGAAACAAGCUUUCUCACCAGAAGGGGAGUUUCAGCGUUUGGCUGAGCAGUCUGGACUGUAUGAAAGUGAUGAACUUUAACUGGAAAUGAAGAGGAAAACCUCACACCCAUAAGAGACAGUUACAACAUAGAUGCAGUUAACUGGUGAUUGCUCUAAUUAGCAAAAUACCUACUUGCAUAUUUUUACCUUGACUCUUGCACAUUCAGCUGUUCCUGUUUUACCAUGUUAGAUUUUAUUUAUAUGGUUUGGUGACUGUAACCAUUACUGAGUAUUGCAUUUGAACUAGAAAGCCUGAGAAAGCAGGUGAAUUAGUUUUAACAAGUGUGGGUGGGCUGAGUUCCACCUGCGCUUGGUUACAUGCUAAGGUAGCUUGAUUUGUGCUGCUUCUUUAAUAUCACUCGUGGUAAUAUCAGAAGUCUGUACUGUCUGAAUACUAAAGCCAAAUAGAGUAGAGUGUUUUUAUGAGAAUAAAUUAGAGGCAAAUA